AUGUGGGUUGCAGGACAACAGAUAAAUGGAGAAUAUCAAAAUAUUGCUGUGCACUCCAGUCUUCCUUUGCAAGCAAUAUCACUUCACGAUAGUCAAAUUCAGAUACAUGAUGAGGAAGGCACACACCUCGAGUCGCUUGCACUCAAGAAAGACUCGGUUCCAACAAAAAUGGUUUGGCAUCCCACCAAAAAGCAACUUGCAAUGGCUUGGAAUGGAGGUACUGUCGGGCUAUGGUGUGUAGAUAUGGAAAGCACCUUACGCGAAGGAAAAAUACACCAAUGUCGCAUCACCUGUUUGGAGUGGAACUCUUUUGGAAACAGGAUUAUUAGCGGAGAUGAGGAAGGUGCAGUCGUUGUGUGGAAAGUCGACACAAGAGGUCGCCUAUCAACAAUGUCUCAGUAUCGACUCAAAAGUCAAAUCGUUUGCUGUGUUUUUCGAACCUCCAGUGGACUUUGUUUGGAGAGACAUCGUGAAAAAGACUCGCCACCGUUUUUUAUAGCAAGUCAGAGUGGAUCCAUAUAUUAUGCCGAUGAUAUUGGGCAUUGUACAGAAGUAUCUUCUUUAAAAUCACCGAUAGUUUCUCUCUAUAUUUCCGGAACCCAUAAUUCCAUGUUUGUACUAAGCGAUGACUUGAUUCUUUCUCGGUUCGAUUUGGAUCAAGAUGGAAAGAUGACUCAAAAUACAUCGAUGAAGCUUAGCAAUGGGCUUAAAGCUCUGGGAAUAAAUUUGAUAUCUGCCUGGAUUGAGCCGGGUAUGCUUGCAAUGACAGUGAAUGGCAGUCCUGUUCGAAUUUGGAAUGUUUGGAACGAGGAAACAUGCUCAUUGGAUAGACCAGAGUUUGGGUUGCCAGUGUAUCGAUCGUUUCAAUUCAAUACUCGACAUCAAAUAAUGGCAGUCGGAUCCGACAAUGGGAUAGUUGUAUUGUGGCAAGCAAGUGCCAGUACCAAUGUGUCGGAAAAUUCGCAUACUUGGGAGCCUAUACACAAGUUUGAUCUAGGAAGUGGAAGUAUUGUGUCGCUGUCGUGGGGAAAAUAUGGCAGUAUUUUGGCUGUUCAAAAAGCACUCGGAUUUCAGAUGAUUCGCCAGCAAAUACUGAAGUCGGCUAUAUCUGGAACAGAGGUUGUAGCAAUGCAGUCAGACAUCAAUUCAGUGGAAAUUGUUCGGCACAAUGAUACGCCUCUGCAAAUUUCGAUCCAAGCUAGUAUCAAGGAUAUUAAAGUGGCAAAAGGGGUAUUGGCAGUACUCACUGGGAAAGGAAUUGAACUCCAUUUAUUAGAAGAUCAAAUGCAAAAGGGUACAAGCUUUCCAAUGAUCACAAGUGCCUCGGGAGUGUUUGCCGUCAAUUCAAAUUUUUUGUUUGUUGCUGAAAACAACCACCUUAAUAUAUAUACACUGCAAGGUCUUUUGAAAAAUACGGUGGUAAUUCCUGUAGAGGAAGGUGACAUUACUCAUUUACUAGCUACAGAUCAGUCAGUCAUUUUGUUAACAAGAGGAUGCACACUAAAUAUCUAUGAUAUCGGACAACGCGAUACUCGGUUAAUGAUUUCUCGGUUGCUACAGUCUGUACUACCAAAUGAUACCAUUGGAUUAUUCUCUAUCACAGAUAUGUUUUGGGACACUGAUGAUCAACGCGUUUUAGUUUGUGAGCUGGAUAAAGGCACAGGGGAUAAGCCUCAGAUUUCUUCACUGUUUGUAUCUACAGAUUUUGGAAUUGUUGUAAAAGAUACAAGUUCAUUCCCUGAUAAAUGCGAGCGACUGAUUGGAGUGUCAAUUCCAUACCUAAUAUACCAGCAGAAGCAUGACCUUAAAACAGAACGCCUAUCAAAUAUAUUGUUCAGCUCAUGCCAAGAGUACAUAGGUGUUGAAAAGGAGGUGCCAUCUGUAAUACGAGCAAUUACAGAUUUUAGCUACAAUUUAUCCAACGGAAGAGUUGAUGAAGCAGUUAAGUCAAUCAAGCUUAUUCGUAAUCAGAGCGUUUGGGAAAAUAUGGCCAAAAUAUGCUGUAAACUAAGAAGGCCUGCUUUAGCAAAGCUAUGUUUGGGGAAACUCAAGAAUGCAAAAGCAUUAAGAACUUUGAAUUCCAGAUAUUUGAAAAGCUCAGAUGCCAGUGUCGAUCAGGAUUUUUUAACUGCGAUUCAUCUGGGAUUGUACGAUGAAGCAAGCAAAAUUUGCAUUCAGACGAAUAGAUUUGACUUGCAGAGCGAGCUGCAACAGUGUAUGGGUCAAUGGGAAAAGGCUAUUGAAUCUGCUGCUACAAAAGAUAGACCAUUGCUUCCUGCGGUUUUUUAUAAUUUUGGAAAGUAUUUGGAAGAGAUAGGUGAUCUAAGUGGAGCUGUUGCAGCAUAUGAAAAAUCCAAUACUGCAAGGGCCCAGAUUCCUAAAAUUCUUCUUGCUCAACCUACAGAAUUACAAAACUAUAUUGAUGGCUCAUCUGAUUUGUCUUUAAAAUUGUGGUGGGCUCAAAAUGCAGAAUCGCACGGCGAUUUUACAACAGCAACCAAGUAUUACAAAGAUGCAAACGAUUUACUCUCGCUUGCUCGAGUUUGCUGUUUAUCAGGAGAUACUGAAGCUGCAGUAAAACUAGAAAGUGAACAUCCAGAGAGUGCUGCUGUGGCUUACUAUCUUGGACGCCAAUUUGAAGAAGAGGGAAAGAUUGAUACUGCUAUAUCAUAUUAUUCCAAAGCUGGUUCAUUUUCCAGCGCGAUUCGACUGUCAAAAGAGCACAAACUGGAGAAAAAUUUGGUUCAUCUUGCUCUUCAGAGUAGUCCUGAAUUGAUAAACGAAGUAGCACAAUACUUUAUCAAUACAGGCCAGCCUCAAAAGGCUAUUCCGCUUUACAGUAAAAUAGGGAACGUAUCAAAAGCUCUUGAGAUUUGUUAUGCCACCAAAGAUAUGCAAAUGCUAUCAACAAUUGCAAUGACACUUGAUCCUGUCAAUGAUGUCAAUGCGCUUACACAAAUCGCUCAAUUUUUGAUGGAUAAUGAGGCAAUCCAAAAUGCAAUGCAGCUUUUCCUGCUAAUUCAAAACCAUGAUGCAAUUCUAAACUUGUGCCAGAAAAACCAGAUUAUUCUUUCGGAAGAAAUCAUUGAAAAAAUGAAAAUAGACAAUACUGCUUCAAUUAAAAAAGAGAUAUACACAAAAAUGGCCGACAUCUGCUUUUCUCAAGGCUCUUACUACCUUGCGUGCAAACAAUACACUUUGGCUGGUGAUAGGCUACGAGCAAUGGGGUCAUUGUUAAAAUCAGGAGAUAAAGAAAAGAUUAUAUUUUUUGCAAAUGUAUCCGGAUCCAAGCAUCCCGAGAUCUACGUGAUUACAGCAAACUAUCUUCAAAGUUUGAAUUGGCGAGCAGAUUCUAGUGUGAUGAAAGCCAUUAUUCAGUUUUAUACAAAGGCCAAAGCACACUCAUCAUUGGCACGAUUUUAUGACUCCUGUUCACUCGUUGAGAUUGACGAGUUUCAAAAUUACGAAAAGGCUCUCGGUGCAUUGACUGAGGCUGAGAAAUGUUUAAUGAAAAAUGAUGCGAUGGGAAAAAGUGACCAAGAGAUGCUGGAAACAACCCAACGAAGGAUCCAUUAUAUCCAAAUUUUCUUGGAAGCCCAGCAAUGUGCCAAAAACCAAAAUUUAGAUGAUAUGGAGCAUUUAUGUGUCAGCAUGCUAAAUGAACCUGAUAUAGAUGCGAGUGUAAGAUGUGGUGAUAUUUAUGGCUUGAUGAUCGAAUCUAAUUAUUCAAAUGGAAAUUUUGACAAAGCCCGAAAGCAACUCGGGGAGCUUAAUCUUCGGCUAACCAACACAAGUGCUGAUUAUUAUGUGGAUAAAGUCAUUGUCCAUGCUCUUGGCGGGGCUCUUGAACAAGCUUCAGCAUAUAAUCAGAAUGAUACUGUCGAAGAUGACUUUUAA